UGAACUCUCGCGAUAGUUAGGAACACAUGGCCGCCCACACUGUUUACAACUUCCCGACAUGAAGUGAAGAGUAACACAAGAUAAGACGUACACGGACGUCAAACACACUUCUAUGCUUGUCCUGCAGAAAGAGGAAACUUCUCACCAUUGAGGAGGAAAAGAGAACUCUGAGCUGAAGCGGAACUAAAGGCCGGGGAACCGAAACACAGACUAACUCUCCAGGCUCGUGGGUGCUGUGAUGUCCUCCACCCCCAGCAGACUCAAACACCCACACUGCAGGAAGAAGCACUAUCCAAGCAGCACCUACCUGACCCACGUCUGACGGCAAACCACCUGAGAAAAAAACACUUGGACUCAAGGUACAGGACUAGACCGAAUAGACUGAUCCAGGUAUGUCUGACUCAGCAGGAGAGGGGGGAAGUGGAGGUGUCACAGGUGCAGGGCAGGAAGCAGAAACAGAUACUGAACCCCCUCAUCAGGUGCCACCUUUACCCGAAGAGAACACCUUAGACACAGGAAGGACAUCAGAAGGGGGAGAACCUUCUGCGAAGCGGUCCAGAAUGAAUGAGGGAGAACCAGGACUCGAGCAGACUGCGAAGCCCAUGAAGAUGGAUGAUAACACACCAGCACAAGCUGCUCCACCAGCUCCACUAUCUCCACCAGCACAAAGAACUGGAGAACAAACACACUCUGAAGAGGAAGGUCAAGAAGAGGUCCCCAAAAGCAGGACAGGAGAAGAAAACUGCCAUCAGAACGGGGAUGGGGUCCAUGAUGCCCCCUUGGACAACGAGGAGACAAAAACGGAGGAAGACAGUCCUGCUGACAGCCCCGGUGGAGGACAGCACCUCGGCCUAGAUUUUACCCAGAACCCCCAGCUGCUGACUGGUUCCUGGACUGAGUUUGCCACAAUUCCAGAGAAUUACCUCAAAGGCUGUAAAUGGGCACCUGAUGGUUCCUGCAUCCUGUCCAACAGUGCAGACAAUGUACUCCGUGUGUACAACCUUCCUCCAGAGAUUUACAGCUAUAACUGGGACUUGCUUCCUGAGAUGAGUCCAGUGCUAAGGAUGGCGGAGGGAGACACCAUCUACGAUUACUGCUGGUACCCUAAGAUGAACUCCCUGGACCCUGACACAUGCUUCCUGGCCAGCAGCAGUCGUGACAAUCCAGUCCAUGUGUGGGAUGCAUUUUACGGGGAAGUGCGUGCCAGUUUCAGACCCUACAAUCACCUGGAUGAGCUGACAGCAGCCCACUCACUCUGCUUCUCCCCUGACGGGACUCAGCUCUACUGCGGCUUUGACAAAACUGUAAGGGUCUUCUAUACCGACCGGCCUGGGAGAGACUGUGAGGAGCGGCCUACUACAGUGAAGAAGCAGGGCCAAAGUGGCAUCAUCUCCUGUUUUGGCUUCAGCCCCUGCCAGUCUGUUUACGCCUGUGGCUCUUACUCCCGCUGUGCUGGCCUCUACUCCUGCCAAGAUGGCACCCUGCUGGCUCUGCUGCCGACCCGCCAUCACGGAGGCCUCACCCAUCUGCUUUUCUCUCCUAACGGCAACUACCUGUACACUGGCGGGCGCAAGGAUCCAGAGAUUCUGUGCUGGGACCUCAGGGAGCCGGGCAAGGUUGUGUUCUCGCUCAAGAGGAACGUGGCUACAAACCAGCGCAUCUACUUUGACCUCGACCAGUCAGGCCGGUACCUGCUGAGCGGUGACACAGAGGGAGUGGUGUCGGUAUGGGACACCCUGACAGCUUCUACUGAUGGUGAAGAGGAGCUGCUGCAACCCCAGCUCAGGUUCAAGGCCCACUGGGACUGCACCAACGGUAUCAGCAUUCAUCCCUUUAUGCCACUGUUGGCAACAUCCAGCGGACAGCGGCAGUUCCCGUGGCCUGGCGACAGCGAGGGUGACUCAGCGUCCGACGGCGAAGGAGGAGAAGCUGUGAUGUCACCACAGGAGACCAGACAAGACAACACCUUGUCCCUGUGGUGGGCGGGGCCGCUCGGCCCUGCAGCAGGGGAGGGUCAGGAGCAGAGUGGAGCUGAAGUGGAAGCCUGAGGUCGUCAGGGCGCAGAUUGAGUUCCACCUGCCGCCUUGUGAUAUUUAUUUUGGGAGUGAUUGUUAUGGAUCAAAUGAAUUAUGGGUCACAGAUUCUCUUUGCCAUCAGCAACAUGAAGUCUGGAGGUGGGGGGUGUAUUUAUGGAUCUUUUUAACUUCAGAAAAACAUUCACAGUCUAAAUAAAGUUCACUACAUAUCAUGAUGUUUAGCAUAUCUGCAGACACAGUACUCUCAGAGUUACUAUGAAAGGACUGUACAUCAGGUCAGUACGUACUCCAGGGUUCUUCAUUGACUUCAUUGUUGUAAUGCCAAAUUAUUCGAAUAGGAAUCGGAAGAUGCCAAGAAUGUGGUCGAUGCUAAAACCAAGGAGGGUUCCCUUCAAACCUUACUCAGGUUGUGAAACAUGUAGGUUGCACAAGGAGUUCACUGUGGCCUCGUGUUUUUAAUUUCUUUAUUGGAUUAGUUAGGAACAGCAGUUUGAUCUCCGAGCGUCAUCAUAAAGGAUAUUUUAGUAAACUUUAUUUUAAUGAGGAAUCAUCUUCCUGAUUUAGAGGAGUUUGGUGGAUUGGAAGGCCUUGACUGGUGUGAAGCAGCCCAGUGUGUAUUUAGUGAUGGGAGUGGUCGUAUCUGUGGGAGUGUUUGUUUACGUGUAUCGCUGCAAUGCUGCCCUGGAGAUUCCUACCUGCUUUAGUAACAGUAAGUGCCAUUUGUUCUUGAGCUUUGCUUUUGUAACCUGAUAGGAUCUCCUGUUUUUACCUUCUUUUUUUUAAACUGUAGGACGCACUGAGUGUUGUGUCGCAGAGUGCAUGCCCACAAAUGUAUAUUUUUGUAAAGCCACGAUGAUCAUUCUGAUUUUUUGAAUGUAUACUCUGUAAGCAGCUAGCUUGAUCACUGCAACCUCAUUGCAACCUGUGAAAGUCUGUAAGUGUUGGGUUCACCAAGCAAUGUCUUCUGACUAUUCUUUAAACUGAUCAGAUUACAUUUAGAGCUGUUUGGUUGUGUGGCAGCACAAACUCAAUGUUCAUAUGAUGUUCAAUGUAUGGAAGCCUUGUAACCUUAGACACCAGGGAGUCCAUGUGUUUGGAUUCCAGUGUCAAUCCAGGUUUUACUUCUUGGAACUCUUCGUUUGUUGCCAACGGUUCUGAAGCUACUAUCCCACUGUGCUUCAGACUUUAGCUUUACCAGGAAGUGUUAGGAACCAUGUAGGCCUUUAUGGUAACCAACCUUAGUCUCCUGUUAGGGAACUGUGUGUUAAACAGGUGGAUUUCUGCUGGCUUUGUUCAAGUGGAGUGAAUUAAAAGCAUAUCUCUUCACAA